UGGCUCUCCAGCUGAUGUAUGACUACAAAUCCCAUCAUGCCCUGACAGCCGAGUUGUAGUUUUGAAAGAGCAGAAGCCCCAUAGGCUGACCCAUCCGAUGUUUUCCGGUGUACCGUCCAGUAUACACCUAAUCUUAUUGCCCUUGGCCCCUGUGACGUCCCGGCACCUGAAGAGCAGUGGGGAGCGGAGCGGGCACCUGUCCUGACCCCGAGCUGUCAGCGCCUCAUCCCGUCCUGUGUGUGGUGUCUCCCGUCCUCGCUCUUCUCUCGGCUCCCCCCUCCCGCUCCGUGGAUGAGCUGUUCCCCACUCACGUCCCCCCCUCCAGUGAUGUGAAUGGUCGCCGCUCUCCUCCGCAGACACAUACACCGCCGGUCCGGACGAGCACGGAGCCUCUGUGUAUCACAGCUGGAGCAGCAGGAGCGGCAGCGGCGGUGGCGGGCUCAGCUUGGCGGACACUAGGGACUGUGCUGGACACCGGGGAACAACCGGGACUCCGGGAGCUUCCCCCGGGACUUACAACAAGUGAGAGCGGAGGCGGAACCCCUGGAGACAUGUCCCAAUCAGCGACACGGCGGCUGCAGCGCGGAGCAGCACUCCAGCUCCAUCCAGGAAUCAUGGAGUCUCCCAGUGUAGACAAAGAGUUGCUAGAGGGAUGCGUGUCUCCAUUGGAGCUGAAAUCGAACCCAAGCAAGAAGAUGUGGGUCAAACUGAGAGCUCUCCUGAAGUACAUGGUGAAACAGCUCGAAAAUGGAGAGGUCAACAUUGUCGAACUGAAGAAGAAUUUGGAGUACACAGCUUCAUUGCUGGAAGCAGUAUAUAUCGACGAGACAAGGCAAAUUCUCGACACAGAAGAUGAACUGCAAGAAAUCCGUUCAGAUUGUGUUCCCUCUGAGGUCAGAGACUGGUUGGCUUCUACAUUCACACAGCAGACACGAUCAACCGGUCGACGGUCUGAGGAAAAGCCCAGAUUCCGUAGCAUUGUACAUGCUGUACAAGCAGGGAUUUUCGUAGAAAGAAUGUUCCGAAGAACAUAUACAGCCGUUGGGCCGAACUACUCUGCAGCUGUGGUUAACAGCUUAAAGCAUUUGGAUCUCUGGGACUUCGAUGUGUUUGUGUUGAACAGAGUGAGUGAAGAUCAUGCUUUGAAGACCAUUGUUUUUGAACUUCUGACCAGACACAACCUGAACAGUCGUUUUAAGAUUCCUGUUGCGUUUCUAAUGAGUUUUCUGGAUUCCCUGGAAAGUGGCUAUGGGAAGUAUAAGAAUCCUUAUCAUAACCAGAUCCAUGCAGCUGAUGUCACACAAACCGUCCACUGUUUUCUAUUACGAACAGGCAUGGUGCAUUGCCUAAAUGAGAUCGAAAUCCUGGCUAUCAUUUUUGCUGCCGCCAUCCAUGAUUUUGAACAUACAGGAACAACAAACAGCUUCCACAUCCAGACAAAAUCAGACUGUGCUAUCUUGUACAAUGACCGAUCGGUUCUGGAAAACCAUCAUGUCAGUGCAGUCUAUCGGAUCAUGCAAGAUGAUGAAAUGAACAUAUUUGUGAACCUCACCAAAGAUGAGUUCACAGAACUAAGGGCUCUUGUUAUCGAGAUGGUCUUGGCUACAGAUAUGUCUUGUCACUUCCAGCAAGUCAAAACCAUGAAAUCUGGCCUGCAAACAAUGGAAACCAUUGACAAGGCAAAGGCGCUCUCCCUACUACUCCAUGCAGCUGAUAUCAGCCACCCCACCAAGCAGUGGAAAGUGCAUGCACGAUGGACCAAAGCCCUAAUGGAGGAGUUUUUUAGACAGGGCGACAAAGAAGCUGAAAUGGGGCUGCCGUUUUCUCCACUUUGUGACCGCAAAUCCACUUUGGUAGCUCAAUCCCAGAUAGGAUUCAUUGAGUUUAUUGUUGACCCAACAUUUUCAGUGCUGACUGAUGUGGCUGAGAAGAUUGUUCUUCCAUUGGUAGAAGAAGGAAGCAAAACCAAACCGGCACCUCCUGUCAACCAGUCCAGCUCUCAGUGGAGGCAGCCAUCCUUGGAUGAACAGUCUGAGCUAGGAGACAUUAAUGCUGACCUGAACAGUUUCCGGUCAACUUGGACCAAGUACAUCCAGGAGAACAAGCAGAAGUGGAAAGAGCGAGCAGCAAGUGGAAUCACAAACCAAACAUCUGUGGAUGAGCUUUCACCCUGUGAGGAAGAGCAUAGCACAGAGGAAAAUGGUAACCUGGACUAGUGCACAGUUUCCCUGAAGACCAGGUACUACUCCAUCCAAAUAGAGGUCUAGCUCCCCUCCCUGCAAUACAGAAGGAAAAGGACACAGGGAAUACAGAGAUUGGAUCUGAAGCCGCAGGUCACUUGGCACGCACAGAACAUCUGGUAUUCAGGGAACUUGAACCCUCAGAAUCCCACCGUCUGUGACACUGUGUGGGUGACCCACAGAUCAUUGCACAGCUCUUUCUCUCUGUCCGCCUGUCUCUGCUAUGUGGGUCUGUCUCUUUAUUUGUGGAUCAUUUAGGUACUACCAUACGGAACUGCCUUUGCUUUGUAAAACAGAGCAGACUUUUUUCUUUUCCGUUUCUCAUAGAGUAAAGCACUCCUUUUAUUUUGCUGUCAGCAAUGUACAUCUACAAUAUAUAUAUAUAUAUAUAUAUAUAUAUAUAUAUAUAUAUAUAUAUUGCCUCCCACAAAUCUUUCAAGGCUCUGCAUGACUUAGUUCUCAUUAUCCAGAGUGAUGCAAAAAAAACAAAAAAACAAAAAAAAACGUUCAUAUAUGCACAGUGACAAAAAGAAACAAAAUGGAAAUAUGUUCCUUCAUCUCAUCUGAAGAUAGUUCAAAGAAGAUGGUGUUGGACUAUCUGAUGUAUUAUAACUUAAGAAAAUGCAAUAUCAAAAACUAUGAACAGUACCCACCAAAUAAGUGAGUUCCAAGUAUCCAGAACUCUGACAGAAUAGUGCUCUUUAAAUCAAUUGCUACCCAACCAUAAUGCAUGUGUAAUCAGUUCUUAGGCAUGGAAAUCUGUCUAUCAGAUCAUGUUUACCUGUCUGUGAAUGGUUUGAGAGUUACUGAUUCUGAGCAAUAAGCACCUGGUACAAGGCAAAGAGUCAUCCAGUGGAAUGUGAGACAGAGAUUUACACCAUCAGAUCAUGGAAUCUCCCCUUUUCACGUCAUCGUUAUCUAGGAAAACAAAUGGGACCAAAGCAUGUUAGUAAUUACAGUAGAUUAUUUAGAAAAAUGCUUAUCUAUUGGAUUAUUCAUUUAGUAUUUGCUGCUUUACCCAUCAACACCUAGCACAGUGUGUAUAGAUUAUACCUCGGUAAGAAACAUCACGGCUCAUAUUCUUUCUGGCUGUAAUCCUGAUACUUUCUCUAAGACCCACCAAGCAGGAGGACCCAAAGUCUUAUGUGAGGAACGGGGGUUCUCUGCAAACUGUUCCAUGAGUCUGCAGAGCACCGCCGAACGAUACAUUGACAUUACUUCCCAUGCCAAGCUCCUGUACAUCAUUGUGUGACCAUUCCCUGUGGCAGAAUAUCGAGAGUUUCUUGUUUGUCCUGUCCAAGCUGUGUCAUGGAUUUGGAUGUUUUGUUUUGUGCCUUGUUUUGCAGUGUUUUGUACCUAGUCUCUGACUCCUCAUCUACUCAUCCGUCUUUCUAAACCUCCGAUAUGGACAUAGCAAUCUUUCCAUUACAUAUUUAACCGGAAACGGUCAAGACCCCUGAACACUUGCUGUAUCCUUGGUAAUAAUGACUUGUCAUUUCUCUUUUCUAUAAAAAAAAAGUUUCAUUUCAUGGUUUCACUUUUGCUUAUAAUUCACAUCUCAGGUUAAAGAGUUUAAGGAGUUUGUCACGGUCGUACAACAAAUUGUCCAGGUACAUUGAAUGAUAUAGAAUUGACACACACUCAUAGUUGUUUGAUAGUACAUCCAUCACAUUACAUCACAUUAACAUUUCACUGGACAAAUCAUAUUCACUUUAUUAUGUUUAUCCAUAUAUUAACAAGAAUAUAACAUUUUAUUGUGAUAUCCAAGAUAGGACUACCCCUAUAAGAGCUUCCGAGAGCUGGAGAUGAUGUAUGUAUGACCAAGACAAUGUCCUAUAUCAGAUGACAUAGGAGGUAACAGUUAUUUAGUGAAGCAAGUAUGAAUAUUAACAGGUAAAUGAUAUAGAUAAAAGUCAUUUACUUUAAAAUGCUGCAAUAUGGAAGUUGAUAGAUAAAGCAGAACAGGGUAGACAGACCUUUAACUCAUAGCAUGACAACUGCAAGAUUUCUAUAGAUGUCUUUAGGUAGCAUCAAGAUUUCUGAAGUUAAAAGGAAACUGGAUAAAUAAUGCUUAAAGAAAACGAUCUAUGGAAAGAGUUGCUAUGGAAUAGGUAAGUGGUGACCUCUUGUGUAUGGAGAUAGAAAGGUUUUCUCAUUCUCUCUAAUGAAGUAUUAGUAGUCCUUCAUGGAAUAUGGUCUGUAUUUAUUACACUAUAACUUCAUACUAGUGGAUAUCCCUAUCUUACAGAUAUCCUUCCUCUCUCUUUGUAGUCAUCUUGUGAGCACUUUUGUUCCCUUCGACUAUAUGUAAGACCAUUAGGCAUCCACCCAUGUACCAUCCUGCUGUGGCUUCCAUCUUCCAUAUCGAUCAAUAGCAAUGAUUUGAUCAAGUUUCUUAUAACUGUUACGUCUUCCUUCUUUCUUUUUUCAUGUUUAGUAUUUACAGUUUCCUCUGUUCACAUAACUCCCAUAUUAUGUUUAUGGCAGGAAUGUGGAUCUGGGAGAUAGUAUUAAAUAUGCACACAUAUAACACAUGAUUCAAGAGGUAAAUUGUCAAAGUCUGCCUUAACUCUGGACCAGUCUACCAUACAUCCUGAUAUUUGGUGGUGAGGUUUGGAUUAAAGAAAGAAACAGAUGUAAUGGAAAAUCCAAUAGUGUGAGUUCAGAGGUAUAUUUUAGGAUAUAUAGAUCAAAAUUCAUAUUUAUUUACUUAAGAUCCAGACAGGUUAUUAUUUAUUUAGCAUCUAGUUCCUUAUAAAUUCUUUUGAGUAAAUCUACCAAGCAAAGAUUGUUUCCACUUAUAGGUUUUCACUAUAUAAAUAUAUAUAUAUAUAUUGAGAAUUUUUUUCUAAUUUAUGACAGACACUCACCUUCAAUCCUGAUAGAUCAGUUAGUAAAAUAUUUGAAGUGUGUAACCAGAUGACAUCACAAAUCCUAACCACUUCUGGAUAGCGUUCUUUAGAAUUGUAUCUUAUAUUUUUAAGCAAUGUAUAUUUUAAAUGACUCUGUCUACAGUAAAUACACAAAGUAUAAUACAGAUGUAACAUUAUUUGUCUAUGGUCCGUAUAGUUUUUGUUUUUUUCAACAAUGCCUUGGAUUGCACAACAUGGUCUUUUCCAUAUGUGUAUUUGAAAUGAGGAGGCUGCAACCCAAGCAACAAGAGGGUUACAUUUUCUGGAGAGACUUGUAAAUAUUUUGCUUUGGAUGUGCCCUUGAGUGGUACAUUCUUUAUUUUCAAUCUUAUUUUGUAAUGCUCCAUAUGCCAUGCUUAUCGGCGGUGCAAACAUUUUCAUCAAGAAAAAACUGGUGAUAAUGGUACAAAGCAGUUGAGCGUUGAAUGCUGAGUUCACUGAACAGGAACACAAAAUGUCUGUAUACUUGGUCUCUUGACUUCUGAACGGGAAGCAGGAUUACAUUGCGUACUGGUUCAUUGUCAUUACAUGGUACAGUAUCAUAGCUUUCUAUGAUAGAUAUUAGCAUAUCAAUACUCACUGAAAGGAUCACAAAUGCAAAAGGGAUAGUGGUGGAGUUGCAGAAGAAGAUGCUGUCACCCACAGGGGCAAGUUAGAGACAAAUUUCUAUGACUCACCCAAGUUGAAAACUACUUUACUGUGUUAUUGGUCAUUUUCUAAAUAAAAAACAUAGAGCACAACCUGCCUUAGAACAAAGUUCUUAAUCUAAAGAAAGUUUAACAAAAAGAAAAGAAAACCUAAAAAUGAAAUGAGGUGUGUGUACAGUGCAAUCCAUUUUUUUUUUAAAUCAUUUAAUAGUCCCUUUUAUCUGUUUCCUGCAUCAUGUUAGGUUUCUAUAGAAAACUGCCGAUACAGGGAAUAGAUAAAAAAGAGCAUGAAUGCUGGAUCAGUAAUUUACUUCUAUUAAAAAAUCUUAAUCCUUCCAGUACUUAUUAGCUGCUGAAUGCUACAGAGGAAAUUCCUUUCUUUUUGGAACACUGAUGACAUCACGAGCACAGUGCUCUCUCCUGAAAUCUCUGUCCAUUUUAGCAACCAUGCAUAGCAGAUGUAUGCUAAGGGCAGCAUGGUGGCUCACUGGUUAGCACUGCUGCCUUGCAAUGCUGGGCACUUGGGUUCAAAUCUCACUAAGGACAACAAUAAAUAAAGCAUUAUUAUUAUUAUAAUAACGUCAGCAGAGAGAACUGUGCUCGUGAUGUCAUCAGAAAGCAUUCCAAAAAUAAAAGAAUUUCCUCUGUAGUAUUCAGCAGCUAAUAAGUACAGGAAGGAUUAAGAUUUUUUAAUAGAAGUAAUUUACAAAUAUGUUUAACUUUCUGCCACCAGUUGAUUUAAAAGAAAAAAAGGUUUUCACCGGAGUACCCCUUUAAUUCAACUAAAUAAUAUUUGAUGCUUUUGUGGAAUAUGCUGUUCAUAUUAAGUGGGCAUGCAGUCUUACAGUAAACUCUGGUCAGAACCACGCUCCUCCACUGGUGUUGUGUUGCUGAGAAUUUCCUUUCAAAUAAAUGUCUCUUAGAAUUAAGUUUAUGGUAGCUUAAAGGGGUAUCUGUCCAAAGAGCAGCACCCACAUUCUAUGAACAAGACAAAGAGUUUUCCGAGACUGGGAACGUAACAUCAGGCCCCCUCGUGACAUUACACCAUUUUCCCUCCAUUGUUGUCUAUGGGAGGGGGCGUGACGUCCAUCAUGCCCCCUCCCAUAGACAUGAAUGGAGGGGUUGUGUCGUGACGUGUCUUUGGCCGUAUAACUCCUUUAAGGGAUGUACAAUCGUUAAACUAAUUGGCUGAUUAUUAAAGAAUGCUUAUUUCUAGAAAUUGUACCUCUCUUGUCCAGGGGCUGUAUGUAUUCAUUUUAAAAGGGCUGUUUUGUAAUACACUGCUCAAAAAAAUAAAGGGAACACUAAGACAACACAACCUAGAUCUGAAUGAAUGCACUAAUCGUAUGAAAUACUUUCGUCUUUACAUAAUUAAAUGUGCUGACAACAAAAUCACACAAACAUUAUCAAUGGAAAUCAAAUUUAUCAACCCAUGGAGGUCUGGAUAUGGAGUCACACUCAAUCAAAGUGGAAAACCACACUACAGGCUGAUCCAACUUUGAUGUUAUGUCCUUAAAACAAGUCAAAAUGAGGCUCAGUAGUGUGUGUGACCUCCACAUGCCCGUAUGACCUCCCUACAACACCUGGGCAUUCUCCUGAUGAGGUGGAAGAUGGUCUCCUGAGGGAUGUCCUCCCAGACCUGGACUAAAGCAUCUGCCUACUCCUGGACAGUCUGUGGUGCAAUGUGGUGUUGGUGGAUGGAGCUAGACAUUAUGUCCCAGAUGUGCUCAAUCGGAUUCAGGUCUGGGGAACAGGCGGGCCAGUCCAUAGCAUCAAUGCCUUUAUCUUGCAGGAACUACUGACACACUUCAGCCACUUGAGGUCUAGCAUUGUAGGAGGAACCCAGGGCCAACCACACCAGCAUAUGGUCUCACAAGGGGUCUGAGGAUCUCAUCUCAGUACCUAAUGGCAGUCAGGCUACCUCUGUCAAGCUCAUGGAGGGCUGUGCGCCCCCCCCAAAGAAAUGCCACCGCACACCAUUACUGACCCACUGCCAAACCGGUCAUGCUGGAGGAUGUUGCAGGCAGCAGAUUGUUCUCCACGGUGUCUCCAGACUUUCUCACGUCUUUCACAUGUGCUCAGUGUGAACCUGCUUUCAUCUGUGAAGAACACAGGGUGCCAGUGGCGAAUUUGCUAAUCUUGGUGUUCUCUGGCAAAUGCCAAACGUCCUGUGCGUUGUUGGGCUGUAAGCACAACCCCCAGCUGAGGACGUCGGGCCCUAGAGUGGACACAUGCACAUUUGUGGCCUGCUGGAGGUCAUUUUGCAGGGCUCUGGCAGUGCUCCUCCUUGCAUAAAGGCGGAAGUAGCGGCCCUGCUGCUGGGUUGUUGCCCUCCUCCACAUCUCCUGAUGUACUGGCCUGUCUCCUGGUAGCGCCUCCAUGCACUGGACACUACGCUGACAGACACAGCAAACCUUCUUGCCACAGCUCACAUUGAUGUGCCAUCCUGGAUGAGCUGCACUACCUGAGCAACUUUUGUGGGUUGUAGACUCUGUCUCAUGCUACCACUAGAGUGAAAGCAACACCAAAGUGACCAAAACAUCAGCCAGGAAGCAUAGGAACUGAAAAGUGGCCUGUCGUCAUCACCUGCAGAACCGCUCCUUUAUUGGGGGUGUCUUGCUAAUUGCCUAUAAUUUCCAUCUGUUGCCUAUUCCAUUUGCACAACAGCAUGUGAAAUUGAUUGUCAAUCAGUGUUGCUUCCUGAGUGGACAGUUUGAUUUCACAGAAGUGUGAUUGACUUGUGUUAAGUGUUCCCUUUAUUUUUUUGAGCAGUGUACUAAAGACCAUGGACAAGAGUGACACUGUUUUUGGAUAAAAGCACACUGUUUAAUACAAAUUGUAUGAUACACCAAACAUUCGGAAAGUGCUGCAGUGAUGAUUUUCUGGAAAUUUCUCCCAUCUGCACACAGGAUCUUUGGAACUAGGCCAGAGUGAUUAUUGGGCUCUUGGUCACCUCUCUAACCAAGACCCCAAUACUUUAAUAACUUAUUUGGGUGAGGCUAGCUUUAGGAGGAUCCCUUGUUGUUCCAAACUGCUUACAUUUAAAGGGGUAAUCCACUGGCCAGCAUUCGGAACAUUUAGUUCCAAAUGCUGUGUUCAUGCAGCGGGGGUCAGCCACGCCCCCUUGUGACAAGUCUACGAGCAGCGAUCACUCCCAUGGUAACAAAAGAAUACAUUAUUUAUUGAGCUGAACUAGGAUAAUGUGAAUAAUUAUAUUCUACAUAAAAAGUUAUGUCAACAUUUCUCAGACUGAUAAACAAAAUGCAUUGCCAAUGGAUGCAAUGAUUUCUCACAUCAUUUUCGUUGACCAAUUGGUUUAUGCUACACAUAGAACUGAUAAUCAGUCAAGGAUAUGGUUUUCAGAUCUUAGAACAAUUUAAAUUGUAGACAGAUUUGUUGGUGUAGAUAGAUAUGUUGGGACAGAAUGCCGUAAAACUGUACUUUGGCCUCUACUUAGUGCAGUACUGUACAGAGGUUAUACAGCAUCCCACCCAACUGUUAUUGCACAGCAGUCAACGCAGGCUAGGGCUACAUGAUGACUUUGGUCAUGUGUUUCCCGUGUGAUUUUCACAGUCUCACAUGGCACCAAACUGCAGUCAGCAACUCUUUGCAUGACAGUCACAUGACCAAAGCCUCUGAAUAACCCUACCCUAAUUCUGCACAACUUAUGAUCCAGAAAUGGGAAUAAUUCUGCUUUCAUUGAGUUUGAUACUUGGUAACAACAUGUGUUACCCAGAAUGCAGAGUGUGGAAGGUCUCUUAAGGUAUUUUUUUUUUUUAUCUUGCUGAAAACCUUUGCACUGCUUUAACUGAUGCAAAAAACACUCACAAAUACACAAUGUCAGACUAAAACUAUGCGCAUGUAAAAAAAAAAAAAAACAGAGGGGGAAUAUUACCCCUUAGAAUGUACAUCUGUCUUUAAUUCCUAAUUAUUAUAAUAAUAUUAAUAAAGCAUCUAUGAAAUA